GCCCAAGUCAUCUAUUUAAAGGGCCAAGAAUAUUUUUCACUACCCACAAUUUUCUAAAGCCUUCUCUUCUUUAAGUUCUAUAUAUAUCAUCCAAUUCUCUAUCUCUCCAGCUCCCUCACUCCCUCCCUCCCUCUCUGAAAGCUGAAAGUUCAGGCAGCAACUGAACUGUAGAAGGAAACAAUGUGUAUGAACUCCUCAGAAAUGAUCCAAAACAGUCCUCUAUACUCUUCUUUCCACCUCCGACGGUCAUCAAAGCAUCACAGCUUUCGCGUUCACCGCCUAAUCAACAGGAGGAGAUCAAUCACAAAAGAGGCAAAAGAGAAGGAGAUGGAGAUCAAGAACCUGAAGUUGUACAUGGAGAACAAGAGUCUAAUAGAAGAGAAUAACAAGUUGAGGAGAAAAGCACUUCUUCUUGUCCAGGAGAAUCAAGCUUUGUUUUCACAGCUCCAACAGAAGUUCCCAGACCAUGCAUGCAGUGCUACCAUGAAACAAGAUCACUAAAACAUAUUAUAUAUAGCUUAAUUUUGCACAAGUAGUUAACAAGGAGAUCAGUAGUAGGGACCUUGGCCUUUUUGUUUUUUUGUUUUUUCAUCUCCUUGUUGGGGCCUUGGGGGAGCUCUAAUGUCUCAUCAUCUUUCCCCACCUCACUUCUCUGUGAGUUCUGUGAGUUAAU